CGGAAGACGCUGCGGCGUAAGCGCACCCGUCUCGCGGGGUCUCCUGGCGCCUCGGUGAGAGACUUCAGCUCUCGCGAGAGAGAACUGCGUCUGCGCAGAGCCGAGGACGCGUCCGGCGCCGAUUCAAACUAGUGGCGGGAGGCUGUGAGGUGAGCGGUGUUGUUCGCGUACGCCUGGAGUCCUUCCCGGGUGUGCUCAGCAUGGACCCUAUCCGGAGCUUCUGUGGGAAGCUGCGGUCUCUGGCCAGCACGCUGGACUGCGAGACGGCCCGGCUGCAGCGAGCGCUGGACGGAGAGGAAAGCGACUUUGAAGAUUAUCCAAUGAGAAUUUUAUAUGACCUUCAUUCAGAAGUUCAGACUCUAAAGGAUGAUGUUAAUAUUCUUCUUGAUAAAGCAAGAUUGGAAAAUCAAGAAGGCAUUGAUUUCAUAAAGGCAACAAAAGUACUAAUGGAAAAAAAUUCAAUGGAUAUUAUGAAAAUAAGAGAGUAUUUCCAGAAGUAUGGAUAUAGUCCACGUGUCAAGAAAAAUUCAGUACACGAGCAAGAAGCCAUUAACUCUGACCCAGAGUUGUCUAAUUGUGAAAAUGUUCAGAAGCCUGAUGUGAAAGAUGAUCUGUCUGAUCCUCCUGUUGCAAGUAGUUGUAUUUCUGAGAAGUCUCCACGUAGUCCACAACUUUCAGAUUUUGGACUUGAGCGGUACAUGGUAUCCCAAGCUCCACCAAACCCUCCGCAGGCGGUGAACAACUAUAAGGAAGAGCUUGUAAUUGUAACUCCACCUACCAAGCAAUCACUAGUAAAAGUACUAAAAACUCCAAAAUGUGCACUAAAAAUGGAUGAUUUUGAGUGUGUAACUCCUAAAUUAGAACACUUUGGUAUCUCUGAAUAUACUAUGUGUUUAAAUGAAGAUUACACAAUGGGACUUAAAAAUGGGAGGAAUAAUAAACGUGAGGAGGCCAUAGAUACAGAAUCCAGGCCCAAUGAUAAUGUUUUUGCCACUCCCGGCUCCACUAUCCAGCAGCUGGAAAAAAGUGAUGCCGAGUAUACCAAUUCUCCUUUGGUGCCUACAUUCUGUACUCCUGGUUUGAAAAUUCCAUCUACAAAGAACAGCAUAGCUUUGGUAUCCACAAAUUACCCAUUAUCAAAAACAAAUAGUUCACCAAAUGAUUUGGAAGUUAAAGAUCAUACUUCGUUGGUUUUAAAUUCAGACACAUGCUUUGAGAAUUUAACAGAUCCCUCUUCACCUACGAUUUCUUCUUAUGAGAAUCUGCUCAGAACACCUACGCCUCCAGAAGUAACUAAAAUUCCAGAAGAUAUUCUCCAGCUUUUAUCAAAAUACAACUCAAACCUAGCUACUCCAGUAGCAAUUAAAGCAGUGCCACCCAGUAAAAGGUUCCUUAAACAUGGACAGAACAUCCGAGAUGUCAGCAACAAAGAAAACUGAAAUUCUAGUGGAUCUAUCCAUUACAAGAAACUGAACAGAAUGAGAUUAAAGCAGAGCUGGACCGAUUUUAUCAUUCACAUUCCCCUGCCUCUUUCCCCUUUUUAAACAUUGACCCAUUUUAAAGAGGAACAUGAACAUUAACAUCAUAAUACGCUUUUUACGAAGUUUCGAUAAGGUUUAACCUUAGUCUUGUUGACAUAUAGUCCGGUCAUUCACUCUUUAAGGAUUAUUAGUGUUUCAUUGAUACUAAAUUACCCAGCUUAAUCAACAGAAUGGUUUAAGUAGUACCAGGAAGUAGGACAAGUAAUUUUAAAAAUAUAAAGGUGUUUGCUACUCAGAUGAGGCUGCCCCUGACCUGGCCAGGGAGACAUUGCUGCCAGCCAGCUCUGCCUUCCCAUCAUCUCCUUUCAGGACCGUCCCACACCUUUUACUUCCUCAGUGCUGUCUGAAGAUGCAGUGGCUGUUGUUUGCAAACAACAUGAACACCAGUUAAACUAAUAAGGAAAAAAGGGAGAUUUCCAGGCCUGGGUAACUAUAUACUGUGGCCACUGGAGGUGGAGACAGGUCCCGACAGUUGGAACCAGGAACUCUGGAGGUGGAGACAGGUCCCAACAGUUGGAACCAGGAACUCUGGAGGUGGAGACAGGUCCCGACAGUUGGAACCAGGAACUCUGGAGGUGGAGACAGGUCCCGACAGUUGGAACCAGGAACUCUGGAGGUGGAGACAGGUCCCGACAGUUGGAACCAGGAACUCGAGGUGGAGACAGGUCCCGGCAGUUGGAACCAGGAACUCAAGGUGGAGACAGGUCCCGGCAGUUGGAACCAGGAACUCGAGGUGGAGACAGGUCCCAACAGUUGGAACCAGGAACUCUGGAGGUGGAGACAGGUCCCAACAGUUGGAACCAGGAACUCGAGGUGGAGACAGGUCCCGACAGUUGGAACCAGGAACUCUGGAGGUGGAGACAGGUCCCAACAGUUGGAACCAGGAACUCUGGAGGUGGAGACAGGUCCCAACAGUUGGAACCAGGAACUCGAGGUGGAGACAGGUCCCGACAGUUGGAACCAGGAACUCUGGAGGUGGAGACAGGUCCCAACAGUUGGAACCAGGAACUCUGGAGGUGGAGACAGGUCCCGACAGUUGGAACCAGGAACUCGAGGUGGAGACAGGUCCCGGCAGUUGGAACCAGGAACUCUGCUGUCAGGUUGUGAGUUUGUUUCUCUUUUCUCCCGGCUUUUCACUGGGUGGAGUCUUUUCUCUCACGUCAGCUCUUUCUAUCACAUGGCAGCUGACCUCUCAGGCUCCACUCUCGAGCUUGGACACCCAGUAGACCCCGAACCUCACUCUCUCUAAAAGGUUCUGAGGGCUCGUCCUAGGCCAGGGGCCUUCCUGUGCACUGUUAGCUGUGGCCACGGGAGCCCCUAGAGCUGCCUGGUAGCUUCAGGCUGACCUGCUUAUCAAGCCUACGAGCCUCUGAUUUAAGUACAACUGGAAAGUAGUAUCUCAUUAAGUUCAUGAUAGUGCUUUUGGAGAACUUGUCAAAUUACAGCCAAUGAGAAAAUAAGGACCUAACAUACUGUGGAGAACCAUUAAAAAUUUGAGAAGAAACAAUUAAGUAUUAUGUCAAUGUGCUUCAAAGGCUUAGUUUUGGGGAUUUGAUGCAGUAAAGAUUACCCUGUUGUAUGAUGGUUCCUUGAAAGUCAAAUGGGGGACCUGUCCAUUGUGCUCUAUUAAUCUUGUCAGAAAACUGUCACCGAAACAAAACUUGAUUUUGUCCUUGUUCUAGAAGUUACUGGGUAGUUGUAAGUAUAAUUUUUGUUAAAUAUAAUGUAAAAUAAAAUGUUAAGAUAUUUAGUUUUGUUUUUCAAAAUAAAGCUCUAGUCAGCUUUA